AUGGCGCGCUCGAGCGCGGAGGCGCGGGAAAUCGACGCGGGGGCGCUUCGACACGCGGUGGAAGCGGCGAAACGACGAGGGAACGAGGCGUUCGCGAGACGGGCGUACGGGGAGGCGAUGGAGGCGUACACGGUGGCGAUCGCGGGACGCGAGGACGAUAAAACGCUGUAUUCGAAUCGGAGCGCGGCGGCGCUGGGGAUGGGGUUGGUGGAGGAGGCGUUGCGGGACGCGGCGGCGUGCGUGCGCGCGGACGAGACGUGGGCGAAAGGGUAUUAUAGGUUGGGAUGCGCGCUCAUGUCGGCUUUUGAGAGCGGUAAGGCCGUGGCGGCGUUUAGACGUGGAUUGGAGCUCGCGCCGGAGAGCGUGGACAUGAAAGAGCGGCUGGAAGAGGCG